AUGGUACUCGCAGCAGUAUUGAGGCCGGAGAUCUUGCUUUGGGCGAUACCACUACUCCUCCUCUUAGGAACGAUCGCAGUGCUCGGUCUACUCGUCGUGGUAUUUCUCAUUAGACUGUAUGCCCAGGUCACCUGUGGCGUGUACAACGGAAAGGCGAGAAUGGACGGAAAAACCGUGAUCGUUACUGGGUGUACCAGUGGUAUUGGCAAAGAAACCGCCAGGGAUCUAGCGAAACGAGGCGCUAGAGUUAUUAUGGCUUGUAGGAAUAUGGACCUGGCUGAGAAAAUAAAAGAUGAAAUCAUAAAAGAAACGGACAAUUCGAAAGUGAUUGUAAAAAAACUGGAUUUAUCCUCGUUUGCUUCAAUCCGUGAAUUUGCUGAUGACAUCAAUAAAACAGAAACGAAGCUGGACGUGUUAAUACACAAUGCAGGCUAUGCGCAGACCUUUAAGAAGGCAAAAACAGAAGAUGGCCUAGAAAUGACCAUGGCUACAAAUCAUUACGGACCAUUCCUUCUAACACAUCUCCUUAUCAACUUAUUGAAGAAAAGCUCCCCUUCACGCAUCGUAGUUGUAUCGUCCUCUUUGUAUAGAUUAGCCAGGGUCAAUUUGGAGAACCCAAAUCCUUUGGACACUAUGCCUGGUUACUUAUACUACGUAUCGAAGGAAGCCAAUAUUCUCUUUACCAAAGAAUUGGCUCGUAGACUAGAAGGAACUGGCGUUACAGUAAACUGUCUUCACCCCGGUCUAAUCGACACUGGAAUCUGGAAAAACGUCCCAGCACCUUUAAGCUGGGGUCUUGCGCUUAUCAUAAAGGGUUUUUUCAAAACCCCACAACAGGGUUGCCAAACUACGGUAAAGUUAGCCGUCGAGGAAAAGUUACUGAAAACCACUGGCAAAUAUUUCUCGGAUUGCCAGGAAAGUUCGGUGUCACCUUCAGCCAGCGAUAUGGGCAAGGCGAGAAAAUUCUGGGAAAUCUCUGAAAAAUUGGUGCACUUGGAGGAAAAUGAUCCUAGGAUUUAG